UCACUCUCAAAACAGAUGCGUAAUGAAUUAAGUUCAUGCGAUUUUGUUGUUAAGUGGUUUCAGUUUUUGUAAGGCACACCAUGGCUACAGAUUAUCAAUAUUAUGUGACUCAUUUUAAUAACUAUUUCAACAUGGACGCCGAUGAGGCCGAAUCCUCGAGCAGUGGUCCGAUCUCGACCCUCAACAGCCUCUUCUCCUUCACCAGCCCGGCCGUCAAAAAGCUACUCGGCUGGAAGCAAGGCGACGAAGAGGAAAAGUGGGCGGAGAAGGCUGUGGACAGCCUCGUCAAGAAACUAAAAAAACGAAAAGGCGCCAUAGAAGAACUAGAACGCGCACUGUCCUGUCCCGGAACGCCGAGCAAAUGCGUAACCAUCCCUAGAAGUUUGGACGGAAGGUUGCAAGUGUCUCAUAGAAAAGGUUUACCGCACGUUAUCUAUUGCAGAGUGUGGAGAUGGCCGGAUUUGCAAAGCCAUCACGAGUUGAAACCUUUAGAACAUUGUCAGUACCCGUUUUCUGCGAAACAAAAAGAGGUGUGCAUCAAUCCUUAUCACUACAAACGAGUUGAAAGUCCAGUAUUGCCUCCUGUAUUGGUUCCAAGGCAUAACGAUUUCGUACCAGGGCAUUCGUUACUACCUUUCCAGCAACUUGUCGAACCGAAUAUGCCGCAUAACGUUAGUUAUACAUCCAACGGAUUCAAUUCCAAUCAUUUAAAUCCCGCCUCGCCUUUAUCCAGCGUGUCCAGUCCCGCUAGCGUGACUUCGAAUAAUCCCCAAUCACCUUACGCUAAUUUAGCCGAAACACCCCCACCCGCCUACAGUCCGACAGACGAAAAUAAUACGAAUACAAAUAACAAUGCAAGUCCUGAACCAACUUUGACAGCUGACGUGCAACCUGUGCCGUACCAAGAGCAGCCUUACUGGGCUUCGAUAGCUUACUACGAGCUCAAUUGUCGCGUGGGUGAAGUGUUUAGAUGCCAUUCGACGUCUGUGAUCGUAGACGGUUUCACCAAUCCCAGUAACAACAGCGAUCGUUUUUGUUUGGGGCAGUUGAGCAACGUCAACCGCAACUCAACCAUAGAGAACACCAGACGGCAUAUCGGCAGAGGAGUGCAUCUGUACUACGUUAACGGCGAAGUAUACGCCGAAUGUCUAUCCGAUUCCGCUAUAUUCGUGCAGUCGAGGAACUGCAACCACCACCACGGUUUCCAUCCGUCCACCGUUUGCAAAAUACCGGCCGGUUGUUCGUUGAGAAUAUUCAACAACGCAGAGUUCGCGCAAUUGUUGUCGCAGUGCGUGAACCAUGGUUUCGAGGCGGUAUACGAACUGACUAAAAUGUGUACGAUCAGAAUGAGUUUCGUCAAGGGUUGGGGCGCGGAAUACCAUCGGCAGGACGUGACCAGCACGCCUUGUUGGAUCGAGGUGCACCUGAACGGGCCGUUGCAGUGGUUGGACAAGGUGCUGACGCAAAUGGGGGCGCCGCACAACGCGAUCAGUUCGGUGUCUUAAAAGCGAGACAAUACGCUUCCCAAAUAACAACAAUGUACCUAAAAAAAUAGGAAACCUGGCAGAAGAUGAUAACAAGAAGUAACCAAAACUUCCUGUACCUUAGUAUUAUUGAAAUCUACCUAUCUAUUUUGAGAUCUCAGCAUAAAUUCGGCAUAUUUUGAAAGUGAUUUUUGAUUAAGUUUUUUCUGGAAAAUAUUUAUGAAAACAUUCUACAGGGUGAUUCAUUACUUCCGGGGCGAUUUCUUACGUCUAAACUCUACACUCUGUUGUAAAAAUUUUGGUUAUAAAAAAGUAAUUCCCUGACAAAAAAAACUAGUGACGUUUUUAAGAGUUUCUACAAGGGUUAUGCAAAAUUUCGCGAAAAUCCUUAAUAUUUAC